ACGAUGUGAGAAAAGUCUGCCCUCCAGUUGUGCUAUACGUAACACACGUUGCGACCAGCGACCCUGGCGUAACAUGCGUAAACGUCGCCUUGAGGUGUAUAUUGAGGGAGUCGUCGUAACUGCUGUUUGGGGUCGUAUACAAUGGAAAAAGUAACUAAAGGUGCCAAGACGAACCCGGCAGCGUCGGCGAAUCUCCUGUCCAAGGUCCUUUUCUGGUGGCUCAAUCCUCUAUUUCGUGCUGGAUACAAACGUACGUUGGAGGAGGAGGAUUUAUACCCGGUUCUGGCGGAGGACAGCUCAGAAAUAUUGGGUUCGGAGCUGCAAAGAUAUUGGGAUCAUGAGGUGCAAGAGGCCACCAAAGAAUUGCGGAAGCCAAAACUCACAUCAGUCAUCAUUAGAUGUUACUGGAAAUCAUAUUCGGUGCUGGGAGUGUUUACCCUUAUUGAGGAGGUGAUAAAGGUGGUCCAAGUAGUCCUUCUGGGUUACAUGAUCCGGUACUUUGAGGAUUACGACCCAAACAAUCAAGAAGCUCUGAACCAGACCCUCGGCUACGCAGCCGGUCUGUCAAUAUGCACCCUCGGCUUGGCUCUGCUGCACCACGUCUACUUCUUCCACGUCCAGAGAUGUGGCAUGAAAAUCCGAGUGGCCAUGUGUCACAUGAUCUAUAAAAAGGCUUUAUGUCUCAGCUGUUCUGCAAUGGGAAAGACCACCACUGGCCAGAUUGUGAACCUGCUUUCCAAUGAUGUCAACAAGUUUGAUGAAGUGACAAUCUUUCUGCAUUUCCUGUGGGUGGGGCCCCUGCAGGCAGCAACUGUAGUGGGCCUCCUAUGGCUGGAGAUUGGGCCGUCUUGCCUGGCUGGCAUGGUGGUCCUUAUGUUCCUAAUGCCAGUGCAAACACUUUUCGGAAGGUUGUUUUCCAAAUUCAGGAGUAGGACAGCCAUUCUGACUGACAGUAGAAUCCGCAUAAUGAACGAAGUGGUGUCUGGGAUUAGGAUCAUCAAGAUGUAUGCCUGGGAGAAACCUUUUGCUGCUUUGGUGUCGGACGUAAGAAGGAAGGAGAUCCAGCAGAUUAUGAUGAGCUCAUAUCUGCGCGGCCUCAACAUGGCCUCCUUCUUCUGUGCCAGCAAGAUCAUCGUCUUCAUCACCUUCACCCUCUAUGUCCUGUUGGGGAACAAAAUCUCAGCCAGUCGGGUCUUCGUUACUGUGUCACUGUACACGGCCGUGCGCCUCACUGUCACGCUCUUCUUUCCCAGCGCUAUCGAGAAGCUCUUUGAGAGCCGUGUCAGUGUUCAGAGGAUCCAGGAGUUCUUGUUGCUUGAUGAGAUGACAAAGAUAAGCACUCCUUUGCCGCUUGUGGAGAAGCAAGAUUCUGCCAUCGAGAUACAAGACAUGAUGUGCUACUGGGAUAAGAAUAUUGAUGCUCCGUGUUUGCAGAAUGUCUCACUCAAUCUAGUUGAAAAACAGCUUUUGGCUGUGAUUGGACCUGUUGGUGCAGGAAAGUCUUCGCUAUUGAGCUCCAUCUUGGGGGAGCUUCCUGUUGAAAAAGGAGCCAUGAAGGUCAAAGGCCAGCUCACCUAUGCGGCCCAGCAGCCCUGGGUGUUUCCCGGCACCAUUCGUGGCAACAUCUUAUUUGGAAAAGAAAUGGAUCUACGCAAGUAUGAGAGAGUCCUCAGGGCUUGCGCGCUAAAGCGGGACUUGGAGCUGCUCCCAGAUGGAGACCUGACGCUGAUUGGCGACCGUGGCGCCACACUCAGUGGGGGGCAGAAGGCUCGCAUUAAUCUAGCAAGAGCGGUGUAUCAGGAUGCUGAUAUUUACCUCCUGGAUGAUCCUCUCAGUGCUGUGGAUGCCGAAGUUGGGAGGCACCUAUUUGAACAGUGCAUCUGUGGUCUAUUGAAGAGCAAACCCCGUAUCCUGGUCACACACCAACUGCAGUACUUGAAGGGAGCAGACCAAAUUGUGGUGCUCAAAGAGGGUCACAUGGUGGCCAAAGGGACGUACACAGAACUUCAGCGGUCCGGAGUGGAUUUCACCUCACUUCUGAAGAAAGACGAGGAGGACGAGUCUCAUCAAUCCCUCUCAGACGUUUCCUCACGAAGCCGGACUUUAUCACAGAACUCUGUUCGAUCUCAGACUUCUUCCGUACACUCUAUCCAGGAUGGAGAUCAUUUAGCGCCUGAACCAAUACACACUGUGGCUGAAGAAAGUCGCGCACAGGGAUCCAUCGGAUUGAGUAUGUAUAUGAAGUACAUGCAGGCUGGCGCCAGCUUUUUGUUUGUGAUGGUCGUGAUGCUCCUCAACGUUCUGGCUCAGGUGGCAUACAUUGUGCAAGACUGGUGGCUGGCAUACUGGGCAGAAGAACAAAGCAUACUGGAUGGCAACGACACCAUGAUCCACAAUUUUACUAACGUUAAGAAGGAGUUGGACCUUGAUUUCUACUUGGGCAUUUAUGGAGGUUUGACAGCCGCCACAAUCAUUUUUGGUUUUUUGAGGACUUUGUUGAUGUUCAACAUGCUGGUGAGAAGUACACAGGCGCUACACAACAGCAUGUUUACCGCCAUCCUUCGCACUCAAGUGCGCUUCUUUGACGUCAACCCCAUUGGAAGAGUUUUAAACAGGUUUUCAAAGGACAUCGGCCAGCUGGAUUCCAUUAUGCCGUGGACCUUAGUGGACUUUAUUCAGGUUUUUUUGCAAAUCGUCGGAGUGGUGGCUGUGGCAGCGGGUGUGAUCCCUUGGAUUCUCAUUCCUGUGUUCCUUCUUCUCAUUGUAUUCCUCUUCCUCCGGCGCUACUUCCUGGAGACUUCCAGAGACAUCAAACGUCUUGAAUCCACAACUCGGAGUCCGGUAUUUUCGCACCUGUCCUCCUCUCUGCAGGGAUUGUGGACUAUCCGAGCUUUCAGAGCAGAAGGCCGCUUCCAAAGGGAUUUUGAUGGCCAUCAGGAUAAGCACACAGCGGCGUGGUUCCUUUUUCUGACCACGUCUCGCUGGUUUGCAGUACGUCUCGAUGGCAUGUGUUCCCUCUUUGUGACAGUCACCACAUUUGGCUGCCUGGUGCUCCGAGACCAGCUGGAUGCCGGAUCUGUAGGUUUGGCUUUGAGCUACGCAAUCACUCUGAUGGGCAUGUUCCAGUGGGGUGUCCGGCAGAGUGCUGAAGUCGAGAACUUGAUGACAUCAGUGGAGAGGGUGGUGGAGUACACUGAACUGGACAGUGAAGCCUCCUGGGAAACCCAAAAGCGACCUCCUCCUGGUUGGCCCAGCAAAGGAAUGGUGACCUUUGACGGAGUCAGCUUUUCCUACAGUCCAGAUGGCCCCAAAGUUUUGCACAAUCUAAAAGUGACCUUUCAACCCAAAGAUAAGGUGGGCAUCGUGGGUCGGACGGGUGCCGGGAAAAGCUCCUUGGUAUCGGCCCUGUUCCGCCUCUCAGAGCCCGAAGGAGACAUUUACAUUGAUGGAGUGUUGACUUCUAAACUAGGACUUCAUGACAUGCGUCAGAAGAUUUCCAUCAUUCCUCAGGAUCCAGUGCUCUUCACAGGUUCCAUGAGGAAGAACCUCGACCCUUUCAACCAGCAUUCAGAUGAGGAGCUGUGGAAUGCGCUGCAAGAGGUCCAGCUGAAGAGUGUGGUUGAAGAGCUUCCAGGAAAAUUGGAAACUGUUCUGGCUGAGUCUGGCUCCAACUUCAGCGUGGGCCAAAGGCAACUUGUGUGUCUGGCCAGAGCCAUCCUGAGGAAAAAUCGAAUCCUCAUUAUUGAUGAGGCCACUGCCAAUGUAGACCCCAGGACAGAUGAACUGAUCCAGACAACUAUCCGGGAGAAGUUCCAGGAAUGCACUGUGCUCACCAUCGCUCAUCGCCUUAACACCAUCAUAGACAGCGAUCGCAUCCUGGUCCUAGACGCUGGGAGGAUCCACGAAUACGACGAGCCGUACACUCUUCUCCUCGAUUCCUCUUCUAUCUUUAAUAAAAUGGUGCAACAGACUGGCAAACAGGAGGCCGCCGCAUUGUUGGAGGCAGCUAAAAAGGCUUUCGACAGCAGAAGACGACCUAACUUGAGUAAAGGCGAGGCGGACACAACGGACAGAGGUGUGGUCAUCUGCGAGACGGCUCUGUGAGCCGCGCGCUACGUUGGACGCUAGCCGAAUUGGAUUUGUCGGUCGGCUAUCAAAGAUGUCUCACCCGUUGCACAUGCGCCCAGAAGAUGGUGCAGAAGCGACAUUAACGCUAAUCCCGCCCAGUUCACGCCCACUGACUUUGAUUGGAGAAGGACAGGCACAAUUAUUUCAUGUUACGUGAAAAACAGAAGAGCCAAAAUUGAAUAGUGACACUAUCAAUGAAUAAAUCAAACUAGAUUUUGAAAAAUGACUCCACUGUUAGAUGGCUUGAAUAAAUGUUAUUCAGAAAAGUUGUGGGUAGGGCGGGCUGUCUGGUGUUUUCCUUGUGUUUGUUAUAUUGUGCCUUUUUUUGUAUUUGUGUAUGCACAUUAAAAAAUUAAAAUAACUAUACAAAAAUUCAUGUUUAAACAUGUAUAAAAGUAAAAUUGUGGAACUGAAACACAUGGAAAUAUUGCAAUAAAUACAACGUGAAAUAAAAUCUAAGAAAUUGUGACCAUGCCAAAAACAGAGUGACUGCACUUAGUAGUCAAAAGUUGUCUUGUAAAGAACAAAAUUUCACAGCCCUCUUGAGUUUCCAGUUACUUCUACAAUUUUGAUUUUUCUCUGACAGUAUCUGCUCCAAUUACUUUCUUUUCACAAAGAAUUUAUUAAGUUUGGCUGUUUUAUGACUUCAAUAUGGGUUAACAAAAAAGGUGACAAAUUUGCUGGGUCAAAAAUAUGCAAAUAGCAACACUAAUACAGGUAGUCCCCAGGUGACGAACGAGUUCAUUUUCAAGAGCGGCCGACAUAAAAGGAUAACUUACGUUCACUGUUUUGGUGAUGGUCUUUGUGAUUUUGCAAAACCACAAGUAGCACAAUACAAAUUUAACUUACUCUCCUAAAAUUAUAUACACAGGUAGUCCCCGGGUUACAAACGCGUUCGAUUCCUACUGAAGGGAAAAGGUACCGUUCUCUCACACACCAUAUAAUUGUUUGCAAUGGUCUAACACAGGGGUGUCCAAACUUUUUGCAAAGGGGGCCAGAUUUGGUGUGGCAAAAAUGUGGGGGGCCGACCUUGGCUGACAUCCUUUACGUAGAACAAUAUAUUUAAGCAAAUUUUAGCAAGCCGUUCUGUGUGUCACAUUUGCUUUAUUAUAGGGCUGCAGCUAUCGAAUAUUUUAGUAGUCGAUUAAUCGAGUAAUCGGAUAAGGAACAUGAAAAAUUAAAACACCUGAGCUGAGCCUCAAACGA